AUGACCCAUGGACAAGCCUCUUGGAUCCUCAGUGUUCUCAACCAUAUCAUGUACACAAUAGUGCCAACUCAUGGCGGAUUCUUCAAGGAGUACGUGGGCAAGACGAGCCUGGUGGAGCGAUACGUGCACGACCGCUUCUUGGUGGGCCCCUAUCAGAACACCAUCGGGGCUGCCUUCGUGGCCAAGGUGAUGUGCGUCGGAGACCGGACGGUGACUCUGGGUAUUUGGGACACAGCAGGAUCUGAGCGCUACGAAGCCAUGAGCAGGAUCUAUUACCGGGGUGCGAAAGCUGCCAUUGUCUGUUAUGACCUCACUGACAGCAGCAGCUUUGAGAGAGCCAAGUUCUGGGUGAAGGAGCUGCGCAGUUUAGAGGAGGGCUGUCAGAUCUACCUGUGUGGCACUAAGAGCGACCUGCUGGAGGAAGACAGGCGGCGCCGUCGUGUAGACUUCCAUGAUGUCCAAGACUAUGCAGAUAAUAUCAAAGCCCAGCUCUUUGAAACAUCCAGCAAGACAGGCCAGAGUGUGGACGAGCUCUUCCAGAAAGUGGCAGAGGAUUACGUCAGUGUGGCUGCUUUCCAGGUGAUGACAGAGGACAAAGGUGUGGAUCUGAGCCAGAAGGCAAACCCUUACUUCUACAGCUGUUGUCAUCACUGAGUCACAACUCAUCUGGCCUGGGAGAAUUAAAUGAAUUCCCCAGAGGGGCUGGACCCAAUUCUUGUCUGGGCUGGCAUGGUCAAGUGUCUGAGCUACUCCAGGUGCCCAUGACAGCAGAGGUGGCACCUGCCUGUGCUGGCCCAUGGAACGGAGGCAGUACUGGGCAGACUGUGGGCAUGAAGAGGGUUAAGGGCAGAUUUGAAUCCCAGGCUUCUAUCCUGGACAGAACUUGUCACAGGUUAUUUAAGUAGCUUCUGAACUGUAAAUAAAAUUGAUGCACUGUGACUCACA